AUGUCAUCAUUCGAGGAAAAGUUUGAGCAAGCUGUCAAAAAUGGUGUCUUUCCAGGUGCCAUCUUGAUGGCCAAAGACAAAUCUGGGAAGUUGAACUAUGCCAAAGUCUUCGGAAAUACUUGCAUCGGUGACGAUGCCAAACCCCUUCAACUCAACAGUAUCCUGUUCCUAGCAUCGAUGACAAAACUCCUCACUUCAAUCGCCGCAAUGCAGAUCAUCGAAAAGGGCUUGAUUUCUCUGGAUACAGAUGUUGGCCCUUACCUCCCUGAUUUGGCUGAGCAACCUAUUCUACAUGGCUUCGAUGACAACGAUAAACCUAUUCUCUCAAAACGCAAGAACACCAUUAAAUUUGUGCACCUGCUUACUCACUCUGCGGGGACCGCUUAUGACAAGGGCGUCCCUAUGCUAGAGAAAUACAGAAAAAGCAUUGGUGACAACCCGACAGACAGAACAACGAUGAAGAACAAAUGCGCAUAUCCUCUUCUCUUCGAGCCGGGAACUCACUGGAGCUAUGGUACUGGAACCGAUUGGGCAGGCAAAGUGAUUGAAAAGGUCACAAACCAGUCUUUGCAAGACUACCUGCAAGAAAACGUCUUUGCUCCUUUCGGCAUCAACAGGAUAAAGUUCACACCCUACUUGACUGAAGAGAUGAAGAAAGAGGCAGCGACCAUUGCACUCAGGAUCCCUACCGGCAAGCUCGUCAAUCUGCCUGUCCGCAAAAACAUCGAUUUUGGAGACGCGGAAUGUUUUGGCGGUCAUGGUUGUUAUGCCGACUUGACCCACUACAUCAAGAUCCUGGAAUCUCUGCUUUUGGACGAUGAGAAAUUGUUGAGCAAGGCUAGCACUGCUGUCAUGUUUUCCCCUCACCUGACACCCGAGUCGAGGAAAGGUAUCAAGCAAGUCUUUGGCAUGAAGGAAGUGGUCAGUCUUUUCGUGGGCAAGUUCCCAGAAAAUGUCACCUAUGAUUGGGGUAUUGGUGGUGUAUUGGUUGAUACCGCGGGUGACGAUCACAGAAAGAAAGGCACCUUGAUCUGGAGUGGUAUGCCGAAUAACUUUUGGUUUGUGGAUAGAGAAAAGGGUGUUUGUGGACUGUUUGGCACGCAGGUGUAUCCACCUGGUGAUCCUCAGGUUGGAGAGAUGAUUGAUCUGUUUGAGAGGGAAGUUUAUGCGAGAGCUGGUGCUGAAGGAGGCGCGAAGUUGUGA